AUGUUUGAUAAUAGUUAUUCUUCUAAAGCUAUCAAUACUAUUCAUUUGAAACUACUUUCUACUUAUCAAAAUGUUAUUAAAGAUUUAAAAGAAUCUUCUAAAGCUAAGAAUAAAUCAAAUAGUUUAAUCUACAUUCUUCGAAAAGGUAACAAAAGUGCUAAUCAAUCUUUGAAUGAUGGUAAUAAUGGUUAUUUUACCAAGAUGAAGUCAUUGAUACAUAUAAAAUUAAUCAAAAAAAUGAAAGUGAAGAAAGUUCAAAAAAAAGAGAGGUCAAAAGAAUAUUGUCCAUAG